CUUGUGGGAAGCAACAACGUGGCGCCCAUCCUCCCGUUGACAAGUAUUCUGCAAGCGGUGGUGAAAGCCAUGGAGCAGAGUCGGGACAAGACGAUCGCGCGCAACCACCGAAUCACCAAAACCGAUUUUGCUAUUCAAGGUGCGAAGCGGCUGGCCGAGGUCCGCCGCGGGAAGCCCGCACGAGGGAAAAAAAUGGACUGGUUCAAGGAUAUCACCGACAGCGAGGAGGAGGACGAAAACGACUCCGACUCAGAAGACGAGGACUACGAUGGCGGGGAGGGUCCUGCAGGCGGCUUUGGACUGCAGCGCGAACCGGCCAGGUUUCUAAAAAUUUUCAACAUGCUGAUUUUAAAUCUUUUCUGAUUUGAAGUGCCCUAAGUAGUGCCUACGAAAUCGUGAUCAUCAAAUUCUCAGGUCUUCUGGAACUACGGUGGCCCGUGAAUCAGCUGGCCGGGAUUUGCGGGAAACGGAGAACGCUUUGUAUCGGGAGCGUGAAUGUGAAGCCCGCACCUACAUCGACACAGACGUGGAUCGCGACCCGAACCGCGGCGCGACCUUGUUUCCCUCCGAGGAAAAUACGGGUUUUGGACGGGCGGUGAAUUCCGUAUCCACUGUGUUGUCACUGUGGAACGCAGACUUGCCGUUCUACCUGGUUCACCUGAAUCAUCACGAGCAAAAAAUCAAGUACACCGCCGCGCGGGGUCUGCCGCUCGCCUACGUUGUUGACAAAGAUCUGACCGCAGACCUGCUCGACCGAACCUACCACAACUGUGCCGCGGGCAACGAAGACUCUGAGUCGGAUCAUGAGAGUGACAGCGACUCGUCAGGAUCCGGCUCUAGCAUGGACGACGAGUCGGUGGACGAGGAGGUUGUCGAUAAGGCAGACGAUGACUGGGCAGGAGGCUACUACGACGAAUAUGGAGAAUGGAUACCGUAUUGGGAUAACUACGACGAGAACGGAGAGUGGAACAACAAGGGAAACAACAACCACGGCGCGACUGAUCAGCGUUCAACUUACCAGCCGACAAACAGACGCAAGCGGGAAAGCGCCGGCAUCUUCACGAAGGAGGCAAAGGAGCGCCGACGGGAAAAGCAGCAAAGCCGUGCGAAGGCGAAGGAAGCUGGUCGUGACCGCGCGAUUGAUCGGGUCAUCAUGCUCCGAGGCCAGCUCUUGCCCUGGAUCGGCAACAUUUUGCGUUCCCCCCUGGCCGCCAACGUGAAGGCGUGGCUCCUGAACAUGAUUCGCUGUGUCGGGGAAGCGACGGGGGCGCCGCCGCAGGAAACGUCCUGUACCAACUUGUCCAUCAUUCUGUACUCCCUCCUGCGGUGCUGCCCGGCGGACACCUUUCACGCACAGCAGCUGCGACGGCAUUUGGUGGACAGUUUCGUAUUGUCCCCGGCGCUGGAGCGGUUCAUCCAGCGACGCUCCGGCGGGUUUGGCGUGUAUGUGGUGAAGGGUGGCACGCUGACCAAGUUGAAGCAGCUCGGGGUGAAGAACAUCGCCGAACUGGACUACAGCCGUCAGGUGUGGCAGAGCUCCAUGAACAACAGCAGCAUGUACCUCGACAUCAUUCGUCGGUUCGAGUCCGACUACUGCUGCUUCGUCUACGUGCAGGGGCUGAAGAAGAUCGACGACGUGCUGCUUAAGUGGCUGGCGGAGUACUCCCGCUACAAUCCGUGGCGCUUUAUCUACCUGGAGAACGUCGACCUGUCCUGGAACUUCCCGGAAAACCGGGACCGCUGCUACUUCACGUUUGCGCCCCCGAACCCGGCGCACCUGAUCAAGAAUGUGCAGGAUUUGAACAACUCGCACGUCGGAGGGCUGCGCCCCAGUCACAUCGUGGCGUACGAGGCCGACGCGCUGUGCUCCAGCGAAGUUGCGCGGAAGCCUCUUGAGUUGCGGAAGUGGUUUCGGGACAAAUUUCAGACGCUGAUUCGCGACGAGGAGAAGCUUGACGUCUUUUUCGGCAGCAACCACGGUGGACCCCGCUCUGCUAGUACGGCGAGAGGUACGUCUGCGGCGAGAUCAACCCCGGAGCAAUCGGCCUCCGCUCGUGUGACCGGGAAAUCGCAACUGCAGGGCGACUUUCGGGACACACUGGAUAAGUAUUUGUUGCCCACCGGAUCGGAUAACGCUUCCUCCGUGUCCUUGACGCUUCUGGUGAGCCCGCCCGGAGCUGGUAAGACCUACCACACGAAAGAAAUGUGCCCGAAGCUGGAAGCGGCCGGAGACUCGGUGUACGACUUUGACGGAUCCAGUGAUAUUUUGGUCAAGGAAACUCUGUCGGAGCAACUGGACAAAACCAUGCGGGGGGAGACGAAUCUGCGCACUCGUCAGAAGAAGGUCGCCGAGGGCGAGCCCGAGCAGUCCAGCGCGUUGCAACAGCAGGGGGGGCGUCGCAUCCUGAUUCUGGACGAGUACCACUUUCUCUCCGAAGAACAGAAGACGGAGCUUUUCGAUUGGUUGCGCGACAAAAGUAGUCAGGUGACAGUGGUCUUGAUCGCAAACCGCAUUGACGCCCGCGACCGAAAGAAGUUAACACAGUGCCGCCUGCUCCGCCAGGAGGGCGAACAGGAUGUCGGGUCGUCUAAGAAACAAAGUUCGGCUGCUGGUGCCCCCGCGCACUCGUCGGUGGUCCUGUUGGAAACACGAUUGACGCAGAAAAAGAUCAAGGAGGUGAUGCCGAAAAUUGUGUCGGCAGCGUGCAACGAGUUUGUGGAAACGUGCAUUCUCAAGUGGUUUUUGGCUAGCCGCCUCGUGUUCGGCGACGAGUCCGUUUCGCUGCGACUGAUUUCGGAGCUGUACCAAAUUCUUAUUGCAAACAACGAACGUCGCAGUCAGCACGAGAACCUCGAGGCGUUGUUGCUGAACAAAGUUCCCACUCUGUCUCGGUGCAGCGCGACCGAGUUUGUAGGUGCGUUCUUGAAGGAUUGCAAGCUGGGGAACAGUUUAGGCGGCUCCUGUGCCGUCAUGUACCAGGUUGCGCUGCUCGACACCAAGGACGAGCUGUGCCCCUACCGCGAAUUCACCGAGGUACACAUGCCGGAACUCUCGGCGGUGCCGCCCGUGGUCCGCAUGCUGGCCUGGUGCAGCUACAUUCUGGAACAGACGGGGCACUCGAACUCCGCUAUUGACUUGAGCCCGAUUCUGAGUUGCGAGUACGUGGAUCAAGUCGGCUACCCCUUUCAGCUGCAGGUACAACUUGCUCUGUGUCUGUUUUUCAGAAGUAACCAAACGAGUGCGAAAAAGUAUAAAGCGAGCUCUGAUUUAUUGGAUUUUCUCCUAUUGUUGCCUGUAUGCACCUACGAGGAACAGAUAGAAUAUCAAAUCUAAAACCCUACAGGAUCCCGGAUUGAAUCACGCACAUGGUCGCGCGUUCUCCUGGGGCGGAGAUUUUUCGAACUUGGAUGCCAUCACGGAUGCGGUCAAGCGCGGGCACAGCGUCGACUGGCGAGAUGUGUACCAGCAGCAGUGGUCAAAGAAUGACGUCACGGAUUUGGAGGCUUAUUGCAGGCUGUUGCACGCGGACCGCCGGCCCAGCGCCAUACUGAUGAAUACGCGCGCUACAAACCUGCGAAACCUGAUGUGCCAAGCAGGAAACACCGCGGAUGCCUGCACGCUUGCGCGGUUCAUUCUGCAGUACAAGGUUUGCCAGAAAGAGACGGGUGAACACGACAAUCCUUACGCUUUGGCGGUGUGGAUUUUGAUUCGCGAUGACAAAGAGGUAAAUGAAGCAAAGGACAUUCUUGCCUUGACCGACCUCAGACAGUCGACCGGCAGUGUUGACGGGUCUCCAUCCGGGUCCCGUACGACAGGGAGGAACGCGGUUCCGACGCCGGGCAAAGAGAAGACGAACAAAGAAGAAGCGGGAGCAGAGGACGAUCAGAAGGAUUUUGAGCAAAGCGACCACCCUUACAGUGGUACUAAAAAAGAAAAAGGCAAUCAGGACCUCGGAGUCAAACAUCCCAACAUGCUUGCCGCCCUGCUGUGGGCGCAGCAGUAUUCCUACCAGCAGCGCGUCACGUACGGCGACUCCGCGGCAAAGCGAGAAAAGUUGCUGCGAGCGUUGCUGAAGCUGGUCAGUACCGACCCGAAGAUUUCGGAUAAAAGCCUCGGGUGCCUGUGGUCCGGAAGUUUCGCCUGCCUGCUCGACGUUCCGAAAGCGGAAGGCACAGAAAAGAAGCAAACCACGUCUUCGUCGAAAAACUCUGGAUCCCUUUCUGGGACGAGCAAGCAGGACGACAGCGAGGUUUCGGUGCAGGUUUUUCGGCGCAUUUUGCUGUCGCGGGCGGACAAGGAAACGGACUGGAGCAGCGACGUGCGAGACAUGUGGGAUCUGUUGCACUAUCGGAUCCAGAGCACCGUGGUGAACCAGAUGUGGGAGAGUUCGCGCUUGCGGCACCUGUUCCUGAAGGACCACACCAAGGGACACCAGCUUGACCCAACCGUGACUCUCGGUCUCAUGCACGUUGUCGGGGGGCGCUUGUCUCUUGCGCUGCAGAAAGCGUUGCUCACCACGGGCAGCGAGAUUCCGCCCGUCAUCACGAUCGACAGUUUUUUGCGAACCACCGAAGACCACCUGCGGGUCGUGGAGGCCAAGGACGUUCAUUUGGAGCAUCCGGACCAUUCUUUCUUGCCCAAAAUUCUAGAAGAAAUCGAGCAGCGGUGAAUGGAAGGCAAGACGCUGUGAUAGAUUUGAAAAACAUUCAUCUUGGCCUCAGUUUCACAGAAGAUCUUCUUUUUUGUCUGUCUUUCGCUUUCCACGCUUCCUUGUCGUAUCCUUACUUUAGGUAGUUCUCCUCUACUGGCACAGAAAUGGAUGCGAGAAAUUGCAAUAUGUCGAUUCGAAAAUCAAAGGACCAAGCACGGAACUUUGGCAUUACGGGAAAAGACAAAGAUAGAUUUACUAUUUUCUAGUUUUUAGCAGCUUUCUGCGCAACUCCCCGUUUUACCUAGAGACUAGGCUUUGUACAUCGCUUGCUCGCUCUUCCGGCUCAUUCAUCAACAUCUAUCGGACACUCCCUUAUUCCUUUCGAGCGUCCCUGGAAAGAGAGCACAGUCGAUGUUGUCUCGCGGACACCUAUUCAACAUUUGUGAAGAAAAGAUUGAAGCAUUUUUCAUAGCAAGGACUCAUUCUUACCGCCAACGCCAUUGGAAUCGAGAAUAUCUAGUGUGCU